UGGGGUCAGGGUGACCCAGAAACAAAAGUUGAAACGAUGACCAAAGAGAAAGACGACGGGGAUUCCAUCAUCAACCACAGCUAUGUGCGCAGACUGUUGUCCACAGAGAGUACCCAGUCUAACGGAGACGACCACCUGACCAGGUACGGGUGGGGAACAUUCCGACCGCAGAUUCUCCAGUGUCUGAGUGGAGUGAAGGGCCUGCUGUUCCUGAUAUCGUUCUACGUCAUCGCUCAGGGCCUCAUCGUGGGGGGUCUGGUCAACACCAGUCUGUCCACCAUAGAGAGGCGCUACCGGCUCAGCAGCUCACAGCUGGGACUGAUCGUCACAAGUAACGACAUAAUCACCGGCUGCAUUUUCUUCAUCAUCACGUACCUGGUCCGAUCCAGAAGGGCGAAGAUCAAGCUUCUCUCGGCGGGAGCUCUGAUCCUCACCACGGGCGCCAUCAUCUGGAUCCUCCCGCACUUCAUGGUGGGGCUGUACAACUACGGCUCGCUGGUGGAGAAAGCCUGCGAUCCGGCAGGGGACGGGGCAGGGUCUGAGUGUGACGACGGACAGAGAGGACUUUCCUCGUACAUGUUCAUGUUUAUUGCAGCUCAGGUGUUUUUUGGCACCUCCUCGAUUCCACUGUACACAUUUGGCUCGGACUUGAUCGAAGGCACAGCUCCACCCAACGCUGGAGGAUUCUACCUAGGGAUCUUUGGGGCAUUAGCCGGAGUUGGACCUGCCAUUGGAUACAUGCUUAAUGGUCAACUACUCAACAUCUACAUCGACUUCAACAAACCAGGAGCAGUUCCCCCUUCCGCUGGCCCGUCCGACGCGCGGUGGCUCGGCGCCUGGUGGCUCGCCGUCCCGCCGUUCGCCCUGCUGCCCUUCAUGGUGUCCCCUUGGCUGGCCGGGAUACCGUCACAACUGCCAGGAAGGGCAGUAUCAAUAAACCAGCAAGUGACUUCGAAGGACAGACCGCAGAAACCCUGGGUUACGUUGUUUCGCGAGGUCCGGUCGCUUGUUGGGAACGGGACGCUGAUUGGUCUGAUGCUAUCCUCCCUCGGCAUGUCCUACAUAGGGGGAGGGAUGGGCACGUUUGGAGUCAAGUACAUGGAGAGUCAGUUCGCUCUGUCAGCUGGGUGGUCAGCGGUGAUCGUAGGUAUGAUCUUCAUCCCUGGCGGGAUCCUCGGGAGUCUGUUGGGGGGUUACGUCAUGAAGAGGUUUAAGUUGGGCAUCGCGGGAGCCCUGAAGAUGGCCAUCAUCCUCAGCAGCUCCCUGUUCGUCAUCUCCUUCGCCUUCUUACUGCGCUGUGAUAACAUCACAAUGGCGGGUGUUACCGCUCCUUAUGGAUCUGGACCAAAUCCUCAGACACCUGUGUACGGUGCAGCAGCGAUGACUGGCGACUGUAUGAAGAACUGCAACUGCCCACUUGCCUACGAACCUGUGUGCGGCACGGGUGGGGUGGAGUUCUUCUCCCCGUGCUAUGCAGGCUGUCGAACAAAGCCCGUGGGAGAUAGUGAGGAAUACGGCUCCUGUGGAUGUGUAACUCAUGACACCACCAUCCCUGUUACCACACCUAACAACUUCACCACGGUGACGCCCGGCCACUGUGCCAGUGACUGUAAGAUCCUGCCCUUCGUGCUCGCCAUGCUGACGUACUACGCCGUCGCUAGCGCCAUGUGGGGUCCUGCGCUGACGUUCGUGGCCUUAAGGUGCGUGCCCGAAGAUCAGCGCUCUGUGGGUCUGGGGUUCCAGGGCGUCAUUAGAAAGCUUCUCGCUAACAUCCCGUGCCCAAUGCUGUUCGGUGCGUUCCUGGACAAGGCCUGCCUGAUGUGGGAGGAGUCGUGCGACGAACGCGGCGCCUGUCUCAUCUACGACAAUAGCAAACUCGGUCUCUACUUCUUCAUUCUCACCUUCAUAUUCUCCUGCUGGGCUGUGUUGGGGCUUUUCGGUGCUCUGAUAUCCUGGAACCGCCGUGAGUCUAAAAUUCCCAGAGCAGAAAACAUACAAAGAGAGGACGAAAAGGCAAGAAACAGGGUCAGCUUUGUCUUAGAUGACGAGAGCGUUUGAGUCGACGUGGUCAGCUAACGUUAACCCAGCUCACCCUUCUACCGAUGUUCUAAUGACAAAGAUGGACGCAGAAAGAGAGAAGCAAAGAACAAAUUUGAUAAAAUAUAUAUCAUUGAAAAGACUGUGGUAGAUUAUCCUACAUAUUAUACUGAUACACGUAUUUACCAAGUUUACGAUUGUUUAGCUUAUGUUAAAAAAUUAAGUUGAUUUUCACGACAAGUAUCGAAUUUUUAGGCUUGAUUAAGAAUGUACUCUGUGUAACACAAACUCUCGCUGUUCAGAGCUCUAUUGAGUCAUUCCUAUUCUAGGGGCUUGGCAAGUGGAUAGGAGUGAUUUAGAGAAGCUAAUUAGGCUGAUAUCUUAUUGGACUGCCAAAUUGCGCUUGAAAAUUGUGCCAAGUUUCCCUUGCCGUCAUUGUUAUUAGCGACGCAAGAGAAAAUACGUAGCAAAAUGACAUCGCCCGGGUGCCACAUUCUCGUUUUAGGCCGGCACCAGUCAGAUACAAGAAAGAUAAAUGAUAACUUAACUGGAAAUCGCAGUGUUGCCUCUGAAUUUGCGUCAUUUUGCUAUUUUUUUCUUUGUUUAAACAUUUCGAUUUCAGUCGACAAAUAACAUCGAUUUGCGCCCCUUGCGCCACGUUGCGAACUACUGGCGCAAUUUGGCGCAGUUCAGUGAGAUAACUGAUUUCGAAUUGACUUAUGUAACUACUUUGGAAACGUGGUACGCACCAAGGACAAAUAACAAGUGCCUUUCCCUCCCUGACCUUUGUCCAAAGUACAACAUGUGGUCAUUUUACCUUUGACCUAUGCUACAAGCGUACUAUGUGCUAUUGAGGUACCGUGUCCCAAAUAGUAAAUCAGACAUUCUGAAGACAUUCCCGGAUUUUCUGUGAGUUCAUCCUUUUUUAUUUGAAAACAUUAUAACACAGUUACAGAUCAUUACUUUUGGGCCUUUAUUCUUCUUUACCUCGUGGUUCUUUGUCAGUGUAAAGUCUAUAUAUGACCUUGCAUUAUUGGUUAGUUGGAACUGUACGAAGCGUAAGUUGAAUUGUACCGAAAACCCUGACAGCUGCUCAGAAAAAACGUAUCAACCUGGUUA